UUCCCGGGCGAUGUGGAGCGUGGGCAGCAAGGGGACCUGGCCUAAUAGAGAGGACAGGGACCCUCUCACACAUAGCCACACUCUACGAUGCGUCCCGGAGCCGGGACAGCUGUUGACCUCGGGAGGAUGGCCACAGUCCCGGCGGGAAUUCUCUGAAGAAUGGUGGGGAGGAGACAGGGAAUCGCCCCUUCCUUCUCUAACCUGCUUCUCCACUCCUGAGUGUCAUUGGACAACUACACCCCCUUAGAGUUCUGUCCAUUUAAAAGUAGAACAGCUGUCCCAAAGAAUUCGGAUGCUGGGGGUGUUGCAGUUGCAGAAACCGAGGAGCCUGUAUCUGGGUCUCACUCAGACCUGCCUUGUUGAUCUUCCCCGGAAAGAUUCACAGCCACUCCCAGAGCAGAAGAGUCUUGCUGCAAUAUGGUGAGAAGUCAAGAAAUCUCUGGUGGGAAGCUGCCCUACACCCUACACAUAAUCUGCCCCUGCAUAUCCUUCAGAAAGGUUACUGUUCUCAGCCUGCAUUGGCAUCUACAGUGAACCAAAGUUCAUCCCGCCCACCUUCCCUUCUGGGCCCUGGUGAAGAAAGUGAAGCUCAAGGAGGAUAAGUGCUUUCCUGCCAGGUCACACAACUAGCAACUGGAGAACUAGAUUGAAAAUCUGGGGACUACACUCUGCACAGGGCCUCUGAGCUCCUGCAGGUUCUGCAGGUGCAGGCCUCCUGCAAGCUCCCUGCUUGGGUCCACUCUGGAGAUUGAAUGUUUAAAGGAAACCCAGGAUUUGGUUUCAUCAGGAAUUAGCUAACCCUGGGAGGGGCCACCCUUCUAGUUCAGCAAGAUGUCAGAUAUCAAAGCAUCAGAUACAGAAACUGGAAAACAUGGUUACUACAAUGGGGUUUCUGGACAGCUUCAGCCUCCAGAGCUUCUGCAGGCCAAAUGCCAGUGAGGCUCAGAGUGGGGAGCAAAUGGAGAAGGUGACACCUUUCCCUGUAGACUGUGGGCUCCACCUGUCAGCAAACAACCUAUUCAUUUGUUUUGUAUCUGCUUUCAUUCAGUGACGUUUAUAACAUUCUAAAUUGUCAGUUUAAGUGCAGUUUCACUUCCGGGGAUUGUUUUUAGGUAAUCACCAGAGGUCUAAUUUUAAAUCACAUUCUGUUACAAUUGCAUGACAAAGUGAGAUGUCAAUUGUUUUAAUGUUUUCUCAUUUAUUGUUCUUUAGCUACACAAGCAUCUUAAGGAGCUACAAAAAUUGGUGGAUAUAUUGCCAUCAAUUAAGCAUAAGGAUACCAUAGUGGAAUUUGGGUCAUUCGACCCUUCCUGCCUGAUGCCCACCUGCCCGGACUACUGGACCUACUCAGGAUCCCUGACUACCCCCCCACUCUCCGAGUCCGUCACCUGGAUCAUUAAGAAGCAGCCUGUAGAGGUUGAACAUGAUCAGUGGCCCUAUCAGAACAGGUACAUCAUAAUGGUGAGAAUAGUAUGGAGCCUUGUUGCCUUCCUUACUCUAAUGAGAAUGCUGAUCUUCCACAGGAUCUGGUUCCUGCAAGUUCCCUGCAAACUGCCCAAGACUUCAAGCCAAAGAUUGUGGUGAUGAGUAGCCUGCGGGUCAUUCUUCAAGCCUCUUUAUGCAAAUCGCUGUGGAGAAGAUGCCAGAUUCUGAGAUCCAUGCCAGUGAGGCCCUGCAGCCUCUACACCUGCAGUUACAAAACCCGGAACCGAGCCCUGCACCCACUCUGGGAAAGAAUGGACCUGGUCCCAGGGGGCGAGCGCCAGUCGCCCAUCAAUAUCCGGUGGAGGGACAGUGUCUACGAUCCUGACUUAAAACCACUCACCAUCUCUUAUGACCCUGCCACCUGCCUACACCUCUGGAAUAAUGGAUACUCUUUCCUUGUGGAAUUUGAAGAUUCUACUGAUAAAUCAGUGAUCAAGGGAGGACCCCUGGAAGAUAACUAUCGAUUGAAGCAGUUCCAUUUUCACUGGGGGGCCAUCGAUGCCUGGGGCUCUGAGCAUACUGUGGACAGCAAAUGUUACCCGGCAGAGCUGCACCUGGUGCAUUGGAAUUCAGUCAAAUUUGAAAACUUUGAGGAUGCAGCACUGGAAGAAAAUGGUUUAGCUGUGAUAGGAGUAUUUUUAAAGCUAGGGAAAAAUCAUAAAGAGCUACAAAAAUUGGUGGAUACAUUGCCAUCAAUUAAGCAUAAGGAUACCAUAGUGGAAUUUGGGUCAUUCGACCCUUCCUGCCUGAUGCCCACCUGCCCGGACUACUGGACCUACUCAGGAUCCCUGACUACCCCACCACUCUCCGAGUCCGUCACCUGGAUCAUUAAGAAGCAGCCUGUAGAGGUUGAACAUGAUCAGCUUGAGCAAUUUCGGACCCUGCUUUUCACUUCCGAGGGGGAGCAAGAAAAAAGAAUGGUGGACAACUUCCGCCCCCUGCAGCCCCUCAUGAAUCGCACUGUCCGCUCAUCCUUCCGUCAUGAUUAUAUCCUCAAUAUACAAGCAAAAUCCAAGCCGUCGACCAGCCAAGCUAGCCCCUAAGACGCCCAUAUGUAGGUGGUGUUUUGCUUUAAUACAUAAUAGGUUUUUAAAAACUGUUAACUAAGACUAUUCUAAACACCUAAUACUAACUAUAGAGGUGCAUUUCUUGGUAUGGUAGUGCUCCUUCAGUCUUUUAUUGAUAAUGAUGUUAACACUGAAGUAGCAACAAGAAACACAAGUUUCUCUUAAAGCAACCUGUUGGUUUUUAUAAUGUCUUUUAAUGUCUGACAUUUUUUGAGCUGUGUUUUUAUAUUAUCAGUUAGUGGUUAUAUAGAGUUGGAAGUAGGGAUGACAAUCAAAAUAUUUAACCACUGGUAAGGCACAAACUGGUACUUUCUGGCUGAACAUUGGUCAUGAUUUUAGGUACAUUUUAUUUUAAAACAUGGAUGAAUUUUCUUUUAUAAGGCCUUCUCAGUGAGCAUAUUUGCUCUGAUCUUUAGUUAUCUUACUAGUAGAUGAUAUGUUUGCUUACUUACUAUCAACUUAUGAUACAGAAAAAAAUAUUAUGUAAUCCUAGGAAAACAAAGAUUUACUGAUACCUGAAAAUAUUUUUGCAUUUCUGAAGAUCAGAUAUUUUACUUAAAGGCCUGAUCAUAUAAAAAGCAUAUGCAGUGUAGAAAAUUUUAAAGAAAAUGCUUGAAGUGCCUGGAACUUACAAUUCUUUCAUGACAUAGUUAUGGAAGUAUUUUUCAAAUGAUUAGUAAUAUAUAGCUUAUAAUAUUAUUUUGCAUUAUUUGUACACUGUUUCAUAGACAAAACAGUCUUAGCUUCCCUUUAAAGCUGUCUGAACUUUAUUUCCUUAGUUGAUGUUCUGGGCAAGACAGGUGAUCAAAAUAAGUCUCCCAGUUUAUACAGUGGCUUAGAAAACUUUUGCUACAGUAAGAAGGGGAGAAACUUGUCAGAAUGGCUGAAAUCUAGGUAAUUCUACAUAUUCCAUGGAAUCCGUGCCACUGUUGCCCCUGCUUGUAAAUAUCUUGGAAUGUUUCUAAUGGCCAAUAAGCCUGUGUUCAGACUCAAUAUUGCAUUAAUUAGUAGUAUUUCUUUCAUGAAUAUGUUAAUCUGGUCUGCAAGAUAGAGUUGGAUAAAUAUACUUAACACUACUGGACCAUACACUGAAAAAAGUUAAGAUGAUAAGUUUUAUGCUAUGUGUAUUAUUAAUUAAAAAUAAAUAAUUCGGUAGGAAGAAAAGAUAGAAUUGAAGUUGUAUAUGUAAACUUCGGGGGAUAUAUCUGCCCUAAAGAAGGUUGGAAGGGGGAGUGAAGGCAUUUGCUUCUAGGGUGCAUGCCUUUUCUGGGAAAGGGAAGCAAGUAUACCUUGGGAAAUGAAUAUAAUUCUUAAAAAGAUAAAUGGGGGGGGGGAGUUUACCUCAAUUGAUCUGUUUCAAACCAUAGUUGUCUUUGAAAGGGUAAACACAUAAGAUAUACAUUAUUCCUCUCACACAAGCUUCCCUCCUAGGCCUCUUGCAAACUCUCAAUGCAAAAUUCUAUUGCUAUGAGUGUUCCAAAUUGGAGCCAGAAGCAAUGUACAGAACACCCGCUUCUUACCCUUAUAUCUUAGAGAUACAAAGGGUGUACAGUUGACCCUUGAACUGCAUUUGAAAUGCGUGGGUCCACUUACACGAAAUUUUUUUUCAAUAAAUAUGCACAGUACUGGAAAUAUUUUCUCUUCCUUAUGAUUUCCUUAACAUUUUCUUUUCUCUCGCUUACUGUAUUGUAAGAAUGCAGUACAUAAUAUACAAAAUAUGUAUUAAUCAAUGGUUUAUUAUCAGCUAGGCUUCUAGUCAACAGUAGGCUAUUAGUAGUUAAGUUUUGGGGGAGUCAAAAGUUAUACACAGAUUUUUGACCGUUCAAGGAUGUCAGUGCUCCAAGCCCUGCAUUGUUGAAGGGUUAACUGUACAGGGUGGGGCAAGAGUAGAUUUAUAGUUGUUUGUAUGGAAAAUAAUACAAUAAUUAAUAAAUUAAAAUACAAGAAUAAACUCAGUGUUUUGCAUACUCUCAACUGUAAACCUACUUUUGCCACGCCCUGUAUGUCUAGGGUGUUUCUCAGUUUAUAACUUCUGAUUUACUUACACCUCAUUUCUGGUGUAAUUUAUAACAGAACCCUCUUCACUCUUAGCCAUGUCCUGUAUGUAUGUUUGCAUAAUACAUUUUUGGUCACCUUCCCUGCGGAGGUUAUGGAAACUGCCUUGGGGUGUGGUUUCAUGCAUGCCUUAGUUAUCUGCCCCCAAAAGGGAUGAUAGAGAUUCCCUGGCUACUGAGACAGCAGGAAACAUUUUAUGUCUUCAUGUCUCCAAAAGUGUUUUACUGCUACCUUCCUAGACCUGAAGGGGAUAAGAUCUGUCAAAGGGCUUGAGAAAGAAUUUUGUAUUUAAAUUGCUGCUCAUCUUCAUUAAGUAAUGCUAGGUUAAUAAAACCAUCUUUAUAAUAUUA